AUGACUCUCCAUCCAGUCCCCGGGACCCGGCGGCAGCGAGGGCCAGGCGCCGCAUCCUCCCUCCCGGACUCCCCUGGCCGGCCCCGACCCCGACCCCAACCCCGCCGCCCGCACGCGGCUGCACAAAGCGCGCCGCCCCGCCGCCGGGACAAAGCGGGCCCGGGCGCCGGCCGCCGGCUCCCGCGGGAGGCCCGGGACCAUCUGGAGCCGGCGGCCCCGCGGGGCUCGGGGCGGGGCCCGAAUCACCCCCUCCCCGCCCGGCGCCAUGGCAACCGCGGCCCCUCUCAGUCCUCCGCACAGUCCCCUGGCCGGGGGUCGCUGACCUUCCCCGGGGCGAACGCGGCGGCUUCUGUGCGGCCGGCUCCCGACCCCGCCACCUUCCCUCCAAGUCUUCUUGGCUCCUUGACAUUUGGAGGAGAUCUGAAAAGUGCCUUGGUGCCUAGCUCCCGAGAGGAGUGUGAAGGCUGCAGGUCCCACCCACCAGGGAACUCUGCAACAGAUGCAGUGGUGAUAGAGUCCAAUGACCAAGACCAACUGGUGAGAAGGGAAGUUGCAGAACCAGAAGAUAGUAGUGGCCUUAAAGCUAGAAUGGAUGAAAUCAAGUCAACUUCAGAGGUCAGUGGAGAAUCAGCUCCACCAAGGCUCCAUAUUACUAGCUUUAAAGACUACACCAACAUCCCUGGUCAAGUCCUUCGAAUUUUGAAAUAUUUAAUAAUUCACUGGAAGUGUGAAACAGGAGUAUCAAAUGGAGCAUUGCUGGAAGGACAGCUAGUGAUUUCCAUGGAAGCAUUAAAUUCUAAUCACCAGGAAAAUACUCUUCACUGUGUAACAACAAUUGCUUCUGCAGGAAGCACUUAUGGUGGUUUGGUUCUCAAGAAGUUCAUAAAAGAAAUACAAUCUAUACUGCCCGGAUUCUCUGCAAAGCUGAACUGGACUUCAGAAGAAGCCAGCUCUUCUCAGGACAUAUCAGGGGUAACACCCUUCCAGAUGAUUUUUGAGGUUGAUGAAAAGCCCAGAACUUUGAUGACAGAUAGUUUGGUGAUAAAGAACUUUUUACGCAGAAUCAUCAUGGUACACCCUAAGAUUAGAUUUAAUUUCAGUGUAAAGGUGAAUGGAAUCCUUUCCUUGGAAAUCUUUGGGACAAAGAACGAACCCACUUUGAACCUGUCGAAUGGAAUUGCUCUUGUUACAAACUAUCAACAUUAUGUGAGUAGACCAAAAUUUGGUGCAGCUCAAUUACUCUGCAGUCGAAUCCAUCCUGUGCUAGGACAUCCAGUAAUGCUUUUCAUCCCCGAUGACGUGGCUGGCAUGGGCUCGUUGGGAGAACUGAUACUCACUCCAGCUGCUGCUCUGUGUCCCUGCCCAAAGGUCUUUUCCAACCAGCUGAAUAGAGUUUCUUCAGUUUCCAUAUUUCUAUAUGGACCGUCAGGCCUGCCUCUGAUAUUGCCAAGUCAGAAGCAGCCAACUACUACUGUCUUCGAAGAUACCUCUUUCUUCAUUGACUGGAAGAAAUACCACUUGUGUCUGGUGCCCAAUUUGGAUCUCAGUUUGGAUAGAGAUUUGGUGCUUCCAGAUGUGAGUUAUCAGGUGGAAUCCAGUGAGGGGGAUCAAUCUCAGAAUAUGGACUCCCAGGGACAGACUCUGCUGCUUUUUCUCUUUGUGGAUUUCCACAGCGGAUUUCCGGUCCAGCGAACAGAACUCUGGAGAGCCCAUACUUUGCUCACCGUUCAUCUCAGUGCCAUCCUCACGGAGAGCCACAGUGUAGUGCAAGAUUCCAUCCAAGUGACUGUGGACCAGGCCUUGGAACAGUAUCACCAGGCUGCCAAGGAUCAUCAGAAAUUGCAGGCCUCACUCUCAGUGGCUGUGAAUUCCAUCAUGAGUAUCGUGACUGGAAGCACCAGCAGUAGCUUCCGAAAGAUCUGCUUCCAGGCCCUUCAAGCAGCUGACACUCAAGAGUUUGGGACUAAACUGCAUAAAUCAUUUCAUGAGAUCACCCAGCACCAGUUUCUUCCCCACUGCUCAUGUGAGGUGAAGCAGCAGCUACUCCCAGAGAAAAAUGCAGAGCAGAGCACAGAAGAUGCACAUGAGAACAGCAGUCCAGAACUCCUUACAGGAACCAGCGAGCAAGUGGAAAACAAGAGGCUCAAGAGGGGCAGCCUCCGGCGGGGCAUGGAAGAGACGCAGGCUUUCCACUCUGCCAGGGCCCCGAGCCAAUUAGAGGCCGCCGCGCGCCGCACAGAGCCUGCAGGGGCCUUUUCGACCCCUAGCGGAAGCAGGGCGAGCCCUGGGGGCGGCCUGGAGGACUCGCUAUGGCUGCAGGAGGUCUCCAAUCUAUCCGAGUGGCUGGAUCCCGGCCCUGAGCCCUAA